GGUGUGGAAAUCUAACAUAGAUAAAAGUAAUAUUUGAAUAAGUAAAUAAAAUCCGUCAUUUCAUUAUUUAGGUUUUGAAAUAACACAUGAAAAAACUCAAAUAUAUCAACUAUUGAAUAUAUUCAUUGGUAUUUCCGUUGGAAUAUUACAUUAAAGCAUAAUUCGUUUAUCUAAAUCGAACUUUCUGCGCUGACCAGAAGAAAUUUCCGGACAGAUUUUUUAAAUAUUCAAGUCCUAAAUUAUAAAAUUUUCGACAGAAAAUCUCUAAAAAUGUCGUAUGCUCACGCUAAAAUGCAUGCGCCCGAGCGAGGCCAUUGGAAUUGCACAAAUUUAAAAUUCAUGGACGUCACCUACCUAUGGACAAUUAAUAAUCUUUCCUUCGCUAUGGCCGAGAAUAUUUUCGAAAGCUCCAUAUUUUCUCCAGAUGAGAAUACUAAAAUAAAAUGGAAGUUAUAUUUUAAAUGCGAUUUUCCAUCGAGAGAUAAAAUAUUAAAUUUGUUUUUAAAUUUAGUUUCCAGUGAUAAGUAUUAUGUUAUAGCAGCGUAUACAAUCUACGUGGUAAAAGAUAAAGGAGAAUUAUCCGGUGGAGUUAAAAAAGGCCCGUGUAAAUUUUUUUCAGGAGUAAGCAAUGAUUAUAUUGAAUUUUACCCAUUUAGUUAUAACGAUUCGUUUCGUUUCGAUAGAAUAACUUUUAGGUGUGAGAUACGCAUAGCAGAUCAUUGGGUAACUGAGUCCGGUCAGAAACGUUUUGAAACUGUUAUGGUACCAGAAUUUCGUCUUUCACAUAGAAUAGAAACUCUGUUCAAUAAUCCAAAGUUUAGCGACGUAAUUUUGAGCGUAGGCCAUCCAUCGCAAUCCGAUAACAGAGAAUGUUAUGCCCACAAAGCAAUUUUAGCAGCGAGUUCUCCAGUUUUUUCUGCAAUGUUCGAGCACGACAUGAAGGAAAAUAACGAAAAUGUAAUCUUAAUCGAAGACGUGGAUCCAAAUGUUGUCGAAGAAAUGCUCCGAUUCAUUUAUACUGAUACGGUACCCAAGUUAAAAGAAAUGACUACCAGUCUACUGGCCGUUGCCGACAAAUAUGCAUUGGAACGAUUAAAAGCAUUAUGCGAACAGCAAUUUUGCCACAAACUGCAAGUAGAAACUGCCUGCAACAUUCUUGUCUUGGCUGAUCUUUAUAAUGCCAAGCAGUUAGAAGAGGCAGCAACUGAGUUUAUCACUCAUUAUUUGAAUUCUAUUCAGCAAACUGAAGGGUGGAAAAAUAUGGCCGACAAAUAUCCUUCUCUUGCCGAUCGGUUUUCGGAACAUCGUUAAUAAAAAGAUGCAAAUAACAUUAAUAGUUAGCCUAAUACUUUAUUUUCUAUUUGAAUUUCAUUACAUCUUAAUGGUUACUAUAAAAUAACCCUAAUAUAUAAUCAUUAAUUAAACAAUAUGGAAGGCUUUCGACAUGGAAAGUCGACUGUUUUCAUUAUUGCAGUACCAAUGUCCUCUGCAUUGUUGAAUAAUUGCUGAAUCACAAGAUAAUACUGAUAAAUAAUUCCAAACUUCAAUUAUUAAAUGUUAUUUAUUUAUAAAUUUAUAAUUACAUCACAAAUUGUGUUUACAU